AUGUCAAAAAAACAUAGUGACAGCGAGGAGGAGAGUCCAGCCAAGAGGACAACAAAGAAGGCCAUGGCAAAAAAACAUAGUGACAGCGAGGAGGAGAGUCCAGCCAAGAGGACAACAAAGAAGGUCAUGUCAAAGAAACAUAGUGACAGCGAGGAGGAGAGUCCAGCCAAGAGGACAACAAAGAAGGCCAUGUCAAAGAAACAUAGUGACAGCGAGGAGGAGUACACGCUCAAGAGGAAGGUAAACGUGGCAUCAAAAAAACAGAGUGACAGCGAGGAAGAGGAGUAUACACCCAAGAGGAAAGUAAAGAAGACCGCAUCCAAGAAACAGACACCAAAGAAGGCCAUGUCCAAGAAACCUAGCGACAGCGAGGAGGAAGAGAGUCCAGCCAAGGAACAGUCUCUUAAAGACAGUGAAAGUGAGGAGGAAGGGGAUGCAGUCAGGCCUGCAUCAUCAAAUAAGUCCAGUGACAGCGAGGAGGAAGAAAAGAGCCCAGCAAAGGCUUCUAAACAGAGUGAUAGUGGUACGGAUGAGGAUGACGCAAGCUCUCUGAAAAAAGGAUCAAAUAAAGAGACUGACAGUGAGGGAGAGGCGCAUCCUGCACAGACCAAAAAUAGAAAAAGCAGCAGCGAGGAGGACCCCAGAAGAAAGGAAAAUUCGGCUAAGCAAACCAGCAAACAGACUGGCCUCAAAAAACCAGCCAAUGAUAAUAAAGAGAAACUUGGAAAAGGUGGAAAGGAUAAGAAGGCAUCGAAGGGCAGCGACUCCCAGGAUAGUGAUGAGGAGAUAGGCGAGGAUAAGGAAAAGAAGGACAAAGAUGACGGAGACAGCGAUUUGUCUGAUGUGUCUGAAGAUGGCAAUAAAGACAAAAGUGCUAAGAAGGAGAGCAAGAGCACCUCAAAGGAAGACCACCCGUCCAUCACUCGGCUGAAGAGAUACAUCGUGACCUGCGGGACUCGGAGGAACUACAAGAAGCUGUUUCAGAACUGCCGCUCGGUGAAAUCCAUGGUGGAGGUGCUGAAGAAGGAGCUGGAGGACCUGGGGGUGAAAGGAAAGCCGAGUCUGGAAAAGUGCCGCGUUGUGCGACUGAAGCGGGAGGAGGCGGCUGAGCUGGCGGAACUGGACACCAGUAACAUCAUCGCCACGGCUGGACGCCCCCGUCGCCGAAACACCUGGAACCCCUAUCAGGCUUCCUCGUCUCUUAACACCUCUCCUCCCCCGUACCGCAAAGAGCUGUCAUCGAACUCCGAGGGGGAGGAAGGACCCCCCCGCAAGAAGAAGACCAUGGAUUGGUCUGGUUUAAGGGGCAUCAUCAGUGAUGAUGGAGACAGCGAAUAA